AGUAUGAAACGCUUUGGAUUGAAAUCGCUCAGGACUUUGCCUAGGAUCUUUUAGCUCACAGGUGGUAGCAGUUUUUAAAAGAGGAUAAACAAUCUCUUACCGAGGGGAUGAUAGAACAUCAUUUGUCAUUAUGGAAAAUCAUUUUUCAUCAUGGAAAUUAUUCAAAGAACGAUUUUGAUAGUUUGGCUUUUGGGAAAUACCACUGUCAUCUGAUCGCAAAUUGCAGCAAUACGAUUUCCGCCAUGACCUCUGAGAUUUUAAAAUCCCUAUGAAAAUGCAAGGAAAAGAGGUGAAGCGGAAAUCGGAUGAAAAGAAAAAGAGCUGUAUCGGUGUGAAAAUUGUGAAGUAAAUAUUGACGGAAAGGGUUUACAUAUUUAAAAAUGGAAUUCGAAAGUCAAAAUUACACGGUUGAGAAUGUAACUGAGGAGGAAAUAAUCCCCUACGCCCAGAGGCCUGAGACGUACAUUGUCCCAGUCGUCUUCGCCAUCAUAUUUCUCGUCGGCGUGAUAGGAAAUGGAACGUUAGUGCUGAUUUUCGUUAGACACCGCACUAUGAGGAACGUUCCAAACACUUACAUCCUCAGUUUAGCCCUUGGGGACCUUCUCGUGAUAGUAAGCUGCGUACCUUUCACGUCUACCGUGUACACGGUCGAAUCUUGGCCGUACGGCGAGUUCGUCUGCAAGUUGUCCGAGGCGACGAAGGACAUCUCGAUAGGAGUUUCUGUAUUUACGCUGACAGCGUUGAGUGCCGACAGGUUUUUCGCCAUAGUCGACCCGAUGAGGAAGUUGUAUUCUUCUAUAGGAGGACGAGGAGCGACGGGCUGUACGAUCCUGAUAGCCUCGGCGAUUUGGCUGUUGGCCAUCGCCUGCGCCAUGCCGGCCGCCAUUACCUCGUACAUCAGGGUUUUCAAACGAGGCAACACCACUCUUUUCGAAGCGUGCUACCCUUUUCCUGAAGAAUGGAGUCCCACUUACCCGACGAGCAUGGUCAUCGCUAAAUUUCUCGUUUACUACGCCAUCCCUCUUACUGUCAUCGGCUGUUUUUACAUCCUCAUGGCUAGACACCUCAUCCUCUCCACGAAGAACAUGCCCGGAGAGUUGCAAGGUCAGGCCAGACAAAUAAAAGCGAGGAAGAAGGUCGCGAAGACCGUCCUCGCUUUCGUCCUCGUGUUCGCCGUGUGCUUCGCACCCGUUCACGUCUUUAUGCUCUGGUUCUAUCUUCACCCAACUGCUCAGAAGGAUUACAACGAAUUUUGGCACUACUUCAGGAUCAUUGGGUUCUGCCUCUCCUUCAUCAAUUCGUGCAUAAAUCCUAUCGCCCUUUACUGCGUAUCUGGCACCUUCAGAAAGCACUUCGACAGGUAUUUGUUGUGCUGGAAGUGGGACCGGAGAGGGUCAGAGCGGAGAAUGACGGGUCGGAAGGGUUGGGACAGCACGACGAUGGCCCCUCUGCAGCACAGCAUGACCAUGCGACGUAACGACGGCCAGGAGUGCACAGUGCUGACCACCUUCAUAAACGGCGGUGCGACCAACAGCCACGGGCAAAUCUGACAUCCGCAUCGCCACGCCAUUUACACCAAUUAACUACCGCCAGAAAUCUUCUAUUCAGACCCAAGCAGCUCGUCAUAAACGGGUUUUUUUAUGUCGCGGUUUUUCUUCGGUGGUUGAUAGUUCAUUCAGCCGGCGAUGCCCCGUACCUUGUUGAAAUUCAAUUUUAUAAGCAAAUUAUGACGAAUAUGUCAUUUCAUCAAGAAAUUAGUUUUAGAGGCAUGAUUGACCUUAGAUAUGAAACAAAAGAUUAGUCCUUGGAGACAAAUCCUUCUUUUUUUUAACUAUAUCAAAUGAACCGUACACAUUAAAUCAUUCCAAAAUAAUAAAAAUAUUUUGUUUUAAAAAGCGUGGACUGAAGCAUGAAGGUCUUCAAACGCUCUCAUAAGCCACCCCUCCACCCCUCGCCGGGCUUAUUGACUAAAGCCACAUGAAACUUUUUCUCCCGAAGGACUGAAAGUUUUACAGUUCAACCCACAGGGAUUUAAAUCAGAUUUUUUUAUAUUCAUCAAACGUCAAAAAACGAGAUGCCUGAAUUGUUUAAUCAAUGGCGUGUAGAAGAAGGGCUGAUCAAACGGGGAUUUGAAAAUUCGAAGGUACAUAUUUGAAAUUUCACUUAGUCAAAUGUGAUUCUUUAAAGGCCCAUUUAGUAUUUUGACAUUAUAUUCUGAAAUAUUGUUUGUACGUAAUUUAAAUUAGACAAGUUUAAUAAGAAAAGUUCAAAUCACAAAAAAUCAUUCGUUUAAUGGUUGAAUAAUUUCUUUAUUGAUUUAACAUGUUAGUAUUCUUCAUAACCAUCUUUUAUAAAGUUUCAUAAAACACUAAACAAUAAAUUUAUAUAUAAACCAACAGCAAAACAUGAUUUUAAACACAAAGUCUACUUACACAUUCAAACAGAAAUCUUUUAUUUUUUAAUAAUUUUUGAAUUUUCACUUUUUCUUUUUCCUCAUUACUUAAGGAACAUUAAAAGAAAAUUACUGUAUUUUAAUUAUUUAAACAAUUAAUAUGCUAUCAGCUACUUGUACUACUGCCCACCUAUUUUCGCGGUUUCUUCUUACUUAGUCUAUAUAUCAUCGCGUAUUAUGUAAUUUGAUCUUUACCGAUUAUCCUCGCUGGGUUGUAAAAAAAUAUAUUGCCUAUAGAUUGAUCAUUUUUCUUCUGCCAGACGCGCUUCAGCCUUUUUUUUUCUUCAGUGGGUCGGUUUCAGACAUGUCAAUUUGUUCUGACCCUGCUUAUGACAAAACAGCUGGGAUAGGUAGGUAAAAUGGUGGGAAACGGAACUAGCGGCAAGAUUUUUUUUUCUCUGGAUAAUUGGUUCAAACUGGAAGAGUGUUCUUCAAAGCUGGGAAAAUGAUAAAUAAAAAUAGAAAUAGAUCAACAUAAAUAAUAGUUUUAUAUAGAUUAUGUUUCAUUGGGGUUUAUGUUUUUGCUCAUUUUUGCUCUAUUUUUCUUGUUUUUUGUUUCACUCUUUACUUAUUCCCGCUCUAUAAAUAGAAAUUUUUAAUAUUUACGUGCUUAGCUAUGCAAUUUCCAAUCUUUUAAAUUUUAGUAUGUUUUAAAAUUGGUUUUCAGUCAAAUUUCACUUUGGUUGUAUUUAUAGUAGUUUUUUCCAUGUUCUCACUUUUAGAUCAGCACUAGAGGGUUUGGAAAUUUCAGGGUGUCGGUUAAUUUAAUUCGAUAUUCCAAGGCGUCGAUACUUUUGUUUUGAUACUUGAGGUAUCGAUAACUUAAUUGAGUUAUUCCAGAAUAUCGAUACUUUUGUUUUAACAUUUAAGGUAUCGAUAAUUUUAUUUCGAUAUUUCAAGGUAUAGAUGUUUUUGUUUUCAUACUUCAGGCACGUAUAUUUUUAUUUACCUUUUCCAUUGCUAACGAUACUUUUGUUUAUUCUUUAGAUAACGAUCACUUUUGUUGGAUAUCCCAGGGUAUCGAUACUUUUCUGUUGAUGUUCUUGAUACUUUUGUCCGAAAAGUAAAAAAACCAUAACUAUAAUUUGGCCGUUUCCGAUCAUUUCAAAGCCUACAGUCUGUUGACAUAUCUAGUGAGAAUAGGCGGACCAAGACGACCGGUAAAGAUGAAAUUCAUCAGACAGCAAGUUCAUGAGACAAGAGAAGGAAAUCUCGCCAAUGUGUAGUACGUUUGUUUUUACUUUAAUAGUCUUGUAGUUUUAAAGAACAAAGCGUAUAGGUUUUUAAUGACUAUACAUUUACCACCAACUGUGGACAAAGCGAGCAUCUGCGAGUACAUUUUUUUCUAAUUUUUCAUUUGUACCAGUAACAUUAUAUUUCCUUCUUCGACCAAACUGAUUGUUUUGAAAAUUGCAUUUACAUUGUAUUUAAGCUCAAUAAGCAAUUAUAUCCAAGGCUCAAAAUAUAGUCCAUGAGACUUCAAUAAAUGUAAUUUUUUUUUAAUUGAAACAAUAAUAUUGUAAAUUGCAUAAUCUGUACAAGGUUUGAGAGCUUGCAGACAAAAAUAGAUAUUGUUAUAUAUUAUAUUCAUUUGAAACGAUUUCUGAAUUGUAAAUAAACAACGGUAAUAUUAAGAAGAAAAGGAAAAAAAGGGGAAUACGUUUAUAGCUUCUAGUCCAAAUAUACAUUUAUAUUUUUAACUCGUGCUAAAUCAAUACUAUAUCUGAAACAAACGUUGAGCACGUAAUAAAAUUAUAAAUUGUUGUUUCUUUAAUUAUAUCAGGCUCAAGUACUUGUUCGUACAACAAAUGUGCCAAAUAUUUGACUUUUUUUUGUUUAAAGUGAACAAGGACUCGGCAUUUAUUACUAUCUAUGUUAAUUCAUUCGAAUAUAUCUUUACUCGUGUUUAAUAUUACAAAUAUAUUUUUGUAAGUUACGUUAGAUUUAGAGAAUUGUAUAAUUAAAAGAAAAUGUUUUAGGAUGUAUAUAUUUAAUAUAUCUGACAUACACUGAUAAGUGAUAUGAUAUCAAUUCGGCCCAGUACGGGCAGUUUAUUUACAUUAAUUUUAAAUUAAAAACUGUAUUAUAUAUAAAUAUGAUGUAUAUUAAGUCUAUCCAUAAAUAGAAUGUAAUUAUUUAUUCUGAAACAA